ACAGACUGGCUACCUGGUCCUGAGAUGUUCCUGUCACAUUCCAGAUAUCCUCCACCUCAUUACUGUUGUCUUGUACUCCUGGGGGUUAUGCGGGCCUUUGGUUAAUUCUUGGGAUCCCUGACCUGAGCCUAGGGUAGGGGUUCUAGCUUCCACUUUUUUCUUUUUUUGUGGUGAUGUACUGUUUGAGCAGCUGAGAGUGAGCACACACACCCUACAGUCACCAGUGAUUCAGAGACCAGCUGGGACUAAUGUGGAAACAAAAUGUCUCCUGGGGAAGGGGGAGGUAACUGGAAGAAGGGAUCCCUUGGUUCUCAGGCCUCUAGCACUUCCAGCCUGAACAUACAUGGGCAGAGUGCUCGCUGACCUGGCACUUCCUGUACAUUCUGAUGGCUGAGGUAGGGGCUCUUGGGCCCCUUCAGAAAUGUCCCAAGACUGCCCUGCAGGGGCUAGGAGAGCCCAGGAACCGCAGGCUGCCCUCAGGUAGGGGCUGAGCCCUGCCCAGAGAGGCUCCUCCUCCAGCUCUAGAGUAGAGGCAGGAUAUCCCAUAGCCUCGCCCACUAAUGGGAGGCGUGGGCAGGAGGCUCGGGACACAAGGACCCGGACCUGUCGACCUGCUCGGCCCAGGCCAGCUACCACCACCCAUGGGGAACAGCCACUGUGUCCCUCAGCCCCCCAGGAGGCUGCGGGCCUCGUUCUCCAGAAAGCCCUCCUUGAAGGGAAACAGAGAAGACAGCGCAAGGAAGCUGGCUGGCCUGUUUGGCGCCGAAGCAAUCCCUGAUGGGGACACUGCGGCCGACAAGAUCUUCCACUACAUCCCGGGGCCGGACAUACCAGGCCUGGAAGGUCAGCCAGAAAACCUGGAGCAGCCAUUCCUGAGUGUGUUCAAGAAGGGUCGGCGGAAGACAUCUGUGAGGAACCUGGGCAAGGUUGUACACUAUGCUAAGGUCCAGUUACGGUUCCAGCACAGUCAGGACACCAGUGACUGCUACCUGGAACUGUUCCCUUCCCACCUCUACUUCCAGGCCCAUGGUUCUGAAGGGCUCACAUUCCAGGGGCUGUUACCACUGACAGAGUUGAAUGUCUGCCGGCUUGAUGGGUCCAGAGAGCAUGCCUUCCAAAUCACAGGCCCGCUGCCUGCCCCGCUCCUUGUUCUCUGCCACAGUGAGGCUGAGCUCAACCGCUGGCUCUACCAUCUGGAAAAGCAGAUGGCUCUUGUGGGUGGACUGCAGCGCUGCCACUCAGCACCUCCACAGCUCAGUCUGACCCGGCUGCGGAGGGCAUCAGGGCAUGAAUCCAUGGGCAGCGCCAUCUGUGCAUCGAGGGUCAAGCUGCAGCACCUGCCCUCCCAGGAGCAGUGGGACCGGCUCCUGGUUCUGUACCCAGCAUCCCUCGCCAUCUUCUCUGAGGAGCCAGAUGGGCUUGGCUUUAAGGGGGAGCUGCCACUGAGCGCCAUCCACAUUAACCUGGAGGAGAAAGAAAAGCAGAUCCGCUCCUUCCUGAUUGAAGGCCACCUCAUCAACACCAUCCGUGUGGUAUGUGCCAGUUACGAAGAUUAUAGCCACUGGUUACUCUGCCUUCGGACUCUCUCCCGCAGGGAUGGGAUCUCCCUGUUACCUGGCCCUGACAGCAUCCCAGCUCUACAAGGGCCCACACAGACCAGCUGGAACUUAGCGUGCCCAGUACCUCCCCCGACCCGCACCAGCCGCUCCCUCCCUGAAUCCUCAGUGCCAUCCACUGCAGGCUGCUCUGCCCGACCUGCACCUGACCAGGCCAACCCUGACUGUGCCAGCAUUGGCCGGAGGAGGGCAGAGCUGAGGCGCAGCGGCAGCAGCCGGUCACCCAGGGGCAAGACCCGAGGGGAAGUGCGUGGCCUGGCCUCCCCACUUCCUCUGCACCUCGAUCUGACCAAGGUGAGUGGACUGGCCCAGGAGGGCAGCACAGAGGCUCCAGACCUUUCUGUGGACACCCCACAUUCCCCACUCUACGCUGAUCCCUACACACCACCAGCCACCUCCCACCGCAAGAUCACAGAUGUCCAAGGCCUGGAUGAGUUCCUCAGUGCAAUGCAGAACUCCUGUGGACCUGAGCCAUCAAGCCCAUUUCCCUCGGUCCCUGUGUCUGUGCCUGUCUCUGACCCCAUCUCUGGCAUCUCCAGCUCAUCUGGGCCCCCGGGCCCCCCCUUGCUCACUAAGAAAAGUGCCCUGCAGUCCCGAGCCUCCCAGAGACACCGGGGCUCCUUCAAGGGUCAGGGGCCACGGCCCCCAGACUCCCCUCAGCUUGUCAAUUCUGCUAGGGACAGUUCACCUGGCCCCCUGCUGCCUCUCUCAGAUGGAGAAGUCCCCACCCGGGACAAAACUUCAUCUCCCUCUCACCAGAAGUGGCAACGGCUCAGGAGGCCCGAGGUGGAAAGAGGGCUCAUCCAGUGGAUCUGACAGCCUCCAGGGGGACUGCUUCUUAGAUCACUAUCAGUCAGCACCAGCCUGGAGGGGAGUCUGCAGCCACCCCAACCCUCUGGUCCAUAUUAAACCUGGAAGGGUCUGACCCCAACAGGUCAAGGGGUAUCUCCAGAACUCUGAGGGUGGAAGCUCCCCUCGCCUGGCUCUAACUCCUCAGCUCCAGCAAGUGGAGCAGCAAGGAAGAGGUGACUCUUCUAGUAACAGACCAGGGAGGGACAUCAGGGAGAUUCUUGGCAUCUUCAGGGGCCAGGCCCCUAGGGAAGGAAGGGGGGAGGGGGACAGAGUGUGUCUCUAGAAGUGGGGAACAGCAUGGCCGUGGAAUACAGAAGGCUGAAAAAGUCAGGUUGUCAAGAUCAGUGUGAAUGAGUUUAGAGGGCAUGAGGGUCAGAGGUUAGUAAGGUGUGAUCUGUCACAAGCAGAAUGGGGAGAUGUGCCCAGUGAGGAAGGUGGAAAGUCUGGCAUUGUUGAGCAUAUGGGGUAAGGCUGGUCGGAGAAACCAACACCAUAAACAAGAAAGAAAGA